CCUAGAUGGGGGUUACCACGGAGUACUGGCGCGCAUUAAGGUAUACACCAAAUCCGCAAUAUGUUUUUGAUAUAAAAGCUAACGGACACUAUCGGUAUAGCAUCAGUUCAAUUUCAUUCCAACUCUUAAGAAUACACAAUCAGUUCCUCCAGCAUGAAGGGUGCUUUCAUUGUCUUCUGCUUGUCAGUAGCCUUAGUAUCUGCCGCUUCCGUUUCGAAGGGUGCAGAAAAGAAAGCUGCCGAUAGCACUGCUGAUAAGAAACAAGACAAACGUGGACUUAUCGACUUCGGGUAUGGAUACGGUCAUGGAGGCAUUCUGGAGCAUUCCGGGCUGGAAUUGGGUCAUGGCAUCGGCUAUGGUCAUGGUAUUGGCUUAGGUCAUGAAGUGCACGUAACCAAGACUGUUGGAUUACCAUAUCCAGUGCCAGUUGAGAAGCCUGUUCCAGUUGUCGUUGAAAGAAAGGUUCCAGUUGUUGUAGAAAAACACGUGCCCGUCCAUAUUGACCGACCAGUACCUUAUCCAGUGAAAGUCCCAGUUAAGGUGCCAGUUAUCCAGAAGGUUGGAAUUCCAAUCCCAAAACCAUACCCAGUGGAGGUUCCAAAGCCAUACCCAGUCCACGUAUCGCACCCCGUCAUCGUUGAGAAGCAAGUCCCAGUUCUAUUGAAAUCCCACGACUAUGGAAUCCCCUCAAUCGGACUUGACUUCCAUGGCUUAGGACACGGAUUUGGACAUGGACAUUACCACCAUUAACUCGACUAACAUCCAAAUAUUUAAAACGUUCGUUUGUGAUUAUAUAUAUUCUCUUUAUUUUGUAUAAAAAAUAUGACGAAAACCAAGCCUGUAUUUUAUACUAGUUGAAAAUAAAAACUUUGUAAAUAAAG